AUGGUUAACAGAAGACUGACUGGGGCGCUGGAAAGAGAGAAGCUCUUGGACGAACGGCAGUUUGGAUUCCGCUCUGGUAGGGGGGUCGAAAGCUACCUAGUAGAACUUGAAGUAUGCCUCCAUAAGCAUUUCAAGCCCUCACAUGUUAGCACCUGUGCCCUCUUAGACAUUACUAAGGCUUACGACCAGGUGUGGCGGCGCCAUAUCCUGGCAACGCUUGCGAACUGGGGUUUUGCGGGAAGAAUGAUGGCAUACCUUGCUAGCUUUCUAACCGACAGAACCUUCAAAGUAGCAGUUGGGGAUCGCUUCUCCAGUGAGAAAAUUGCCGAAAACGGAGUUCCUCAAGGUGCAAUCCUAUCGGUCACUCUUUUCCUGGUGGCAAUGAAUUCGAUUUUCGAUUUCAUCCCUGAUGGAGUGAAGGUUAUCCUCUAUGCGGAUGACAUACUUCUAAUAUCAUCAGGCUUAGUGCAAAGAUCCAGGAAUCGAUUGCAGAGCGCAGUCAAGAGUGUAUCGAUGUGGGCAGACGAAGUUGGGUUCACGAUUUCUACCGAGAAAUCAAGUAUUUUGUCAAUAAGACGACGGGCCAGGGGUGCACAAAGGGCUCCUAUCUUUAUGAAUGGGAAAGCUAUCCCAGAGGGAUUCAACUCUACACUCCUCGGAGUCACGAUUGAUAGAAACUUGAAUUUCAAGCUAAAUGCAAAACUGGUCAAGAAAAAGAUCGCGGAUCACCUGAACGUUCUAAAAGCGAUUAAAGGAAGGCUGAAAGGCAGCCCACGGGACUCCCUUUUGAAUAUUUUCAAAAGCUGGAUAAUCCCACGACUAGUGUACGGUAUCAUCCUCGCUAGUAAAGCGGAUAAAUAUUUUAAAAUGUUGGAAUCAGCCUAUAACAGCGGAAUUCGCAUAAUCACGGGUGCGUUUUAUAGUAGUCCUAUUAAGAGUCUACUUGCUGAGAUAGGGGAACCACCUGUCGAGAUGGUGUGUGUGGAGAGGAUGAUCCAUGCACUAGUCAGGUGGGAGGAGUGCCCAGCCAACCUAUCACUUGAUACCCCAUACGGGGUUAGGGCCAGGCAAAAAUAUCAAACCCUAACGGGGGAGAUACUGCCUCGCCCCCUGCGGUUAAGUCGAUGCUCUCCUAGAGCCUGGGAUGCCGUCUCUCCCUCCAUCAGCUGGAGGGUAAAACGGUUCGUUAGGGCUGGGGAUAACCCCCAGAAGGUGCAAGCGGUGGUGAACGAGGCCCUACGUACUGACUUUGCUAACAAACGCAUUGUCUAUACUGACGGGUCCGUCACUGAUGACGCAUCAGCCAUUGGGAUACUCGACUGUAAUGCUAAGACUAGCAUGAGAGUCCCCAAUGAGUUUAGCAUCUUCUCGUGUGAAGCUCUCGCCAUUAAGUUGGCAUUAGAGAGCGUCACAAAUGCUGAUAGCGUCGUUGUUUGUUCGGAUUCGGCGAGCGUCCUCAAAGCUGUAGAGGGUGGUACUAUCAAACACCCCAUUAUUCAAGAAAUUGAAGAGCAGCUGAGAGGAAGUAGUGCGAUCCUAUGUUGGAUUCCGGGUCACACCGGGAUCCCGGGGAACGAGGAAGCCGAUCGGCUUGCUAACGAAGGGCGGAGCGGCUCCAUUACCAGUAUGGGUAUACCUGGUAAGGACCUCAUCAGAAGGGCGAACAAUUCCAUUCUCCUCACUUGGGAGGCUGAAUGGAAUCGUGAAAGGGACCUGCGGUUUCGUAGAAUUAAAGCAUCAACCGGCAAAUGGAGGGACCGAGCCAACACGUAUGAACAGCGAAUUCUCUCGCGUCUUCGCAUCGGGCAUACGUGGUUGACUCAUAACUUCCUAGCAAAGAAAGAAGAGCCCCCUACCUGUUGCGGCACCCGCCUGACGGUGGGGCAUAUUCUAACGGAGUGCAUGCGAACUGCGGACCUUCGUAGGAGGUACGGCUUAACUGGUGGCCUAGAUGUCGUUUUGCAGAACUACACACGGAAAGAAAGAGAUACUCUGGAUUUCCUAAAAGAUGCUAACCUGAUUCAGUACAUUUGA